UCGAAAUUUAUCCCGAUGACAGAAAUACCAGUUGAUGUUUCUAAUGGUGAAGCGUUGUGUUUUCUCUGAGGUACGGACUGAAUUUUUAAAUAUUCGGUUUCAACGACGACAUAUUUCGACAGGACCAUUAAUGCCAUUCUCAAGAGGGGUUGUGUUAGAAAAUCAAAAAUAAAUCCGAAACUAACUUACAUAAUGACACCAGAAAACCAUGGCUUAAAAUCUCUAAUAUCUAAAUCAGCCAUUGAACAAUACCCUGAAUUACUUCCACCCAACUUACAUACUACUUUCAACCUAUCUCCCUAAGACACAAAUUAACGUUGUCCUUUCAUCUCCUUCUAGGUCUUCUAUGAGGGUAUUUUGAAACAAGUUUCGACACCAAAAUUAUAUGUGCAUUGCAUGUAUAUUGAAUAUUUACUGAGGGUGAAAUAAAUUUCUUUCCGAAUUUUAUUACGUCAGGCCCGCUCAACUGCGGUGGAAUGUGAUAUGCGGUUAGAUUGUUUUUUACCAAUCUUGCCCGAAAACUUUUCAGUGGUCUUAUCAUUCGAUAUGUUUCGUUGAAUAUCACAGAAAAAACUAUCUCUAAAUCCAACAUAUUUACCGGAAAUCAAACCCAUGACAGUUUUAUGGUCUUUUCACCUUCGUUCGCCGUAACAGAUAAGUUUAGGUUCGGAACCAUUCUUCUAUUAAGCUUAGUUUUCGGGUACCAGAAACCAUCUUCACUGGGAAUGAAACCCACAAAUGUUUUUCGUUGUUAUGAUACGUGAUUCUUCAAUAUUCUUUUUGAAUCUGUCCAAUUUUCAUAAAUUUUAAAAUUUCAAAUAACUACACUCGCGUACUACUGUUUUAUAUUCCAGUCCAACAAAGUAGAACUUUGUUUCAAUGAAAAUCACGUGUGCGCAUGUUUGAGUUUGUGCGUGUGGGGGAAGGAAAAAUGUAUCUUCAGCUUAGGCUUGGCAUUAAUGAGAUUAGGCGGUUAUGAACUUCCCCCUCUCGUUCCCCCCCUCCAAACUGGAACUUUCGCCUUCAUUUAUGCAGCGUGUUAGUAGACCCUGCAUUUGACCAAACGUGGCCGAAGUGGUAGUAAGUGGAGCUGUACUUGCAGAAGGACACACAAAGUCAUCAGUUUUUAGAGGAGACUUUCCAAGAUGAGGUGUUGUGUCGCCUUGGUGCUAAGUUUAAUUGUCACCAGUGCCUCCGUCGGAGAAUCAGAAGCUGCGAGAAUACUUGCACUCUUCAGUAUGAACGGUAAAAGCCAUUUCGUCAUGUUCGAAGCUUUACUCAAAGGUCUUGCUGCCCGAGGUCAUCAGGUAUACGUCGUUGGACACUUUCCACAGAAGAACCCGGUACCAAACUACACCGAUAUCAGCGUGGAAGGCUCAUUACCUGAAAUAGUUAACAACUUUACAGUCGAAUUUGCUCGAAAUUUGGGAUACAUUCAAAUUUUUAAAUUUAUAUGGAAUACUAAUUUAGAAAUGUGCAAAACUGUGUUGGAACACCCUAAAGUACAGGAACUGAUUCUUAGUGACGGAAAAUUUGAUCUUAUUAUUACAGAAAUAUUUGGUCCUGAUUGUUUUUUGGGGUUGUCACAUCGUUUCAAAGCCCCGUUCAUAAGUAUGAUCUCCAGCGUAAUGAUGCCGUGGGGAAAUGAUCGAAUUAUGAAUCCUGAUCAUCCAGCUUACAUACCUAAUUAUUUCGUUUCAUAUUCAGACCACAUGACCCUUGGUCAGAGAAUUAUUAACACGGUUUCAACAGUAAUUUCCAAAGUAGGGCAUUACUACUUCGCAGAAUUGCCUAUGGACAAAAUAUCGAGACGACAUUUCGGGAAUGAUGUACCUCCUCUAGCUGAACUGAAGAAAAACACAAGUCUUAUUCUGGUCAACAGCCAUGUUAGUCUCAAUUUUCCGAGGCCGACUGUACCAGGAUUCAUAGACGUCGCUGGCCUUCACAUACACAGCAAAGGAAAGUUACCAGACGAUUUGGAGACGUUCAUUGACGAAUCGAAGGAUGGAGUGAUCUACUUUUGUCUCGGGUCUUUGGUUCGACCAGAAACGCUACCUAGGGACAAACUGGAAGCAUUUAUCAGCGUUUUCUCUGAGCUGCCACAACGCGUCAUAUGGAAGACAAACAACAUUCCCGGCUUACCAAAAAAUAUCAGAGCCUCCAAAUGGCUUCCACAGUUCGACAUACUCAGUCACCCAAAUGUCCGAGUGUUCAUGACCCACGGAGGACUAAUGGGGACUCAGGAAGCAGUCCAAGCAGGAGUACCUAUGGUCGGAAUCCCCCUAUUUGCAGACCAGGAACUCAACAUCAGAAACUGUGUGUCCAAAGGCACUGCUGUUAUGGUUCUUUACGAUGACGUCACGAAAGACAGCAUACUAAGCGCUCUACAGACGGUACUGCACGACCCAAGUUACCAGAAGAAUGCUAAAGAGUUAUCGCGUCGAUUCCGCGACAGACCCCAGUCACCACUUGAGACCGCCAUUUUUUGGACUGAGUACGUCAUCAGACAUCGUGGGGCGUCGCAUUUGCGUUCUGCUGCAGUGGAUCUUACUUGGUACCAAUACCUUCUGCUAGAUGUCAUGACAGUAAUUGUGAUGUUCGUCGUCGUAAUGUUAGCGACUACGUACUUUAUCUUGAAGAAACUGAUUAGUAUUUGUUCCGGAAGUCUGACGAAGAAAGUAAAGACUAGUUGAGGAAUAAGAGUAAAGUGUCAAGCAUUUGCGGCAAGAAGCUAUAGUCUGUCGAAUUUAUUAUAUUGUAAUACCAAUAUGUUAUAACGAACCACACUGGUGUAAUGUGAGAAAAAAAAGAAAAAAGAAAUUAAAAUAUUUUAUAACAAAGUG